AAUCUUUUAAAACAUCAAGACUUAAACUCCUCUUCAAGCGAUCCUCGCAUUGCCAAGAUAACGUCUUAUAUUAAAGAUGGCUUUCGUAGGAAAAUGGGAGUUGAGCGCAAGUGAUAACUUAGAUGCGUACCUAACAGCACUAGGUGUCCCCGCUGGCAAACAGGCUGAUAUCAAAGCAGCUUUGGAGCCACCAGCAAAAUCAACAGAGGAAUAUAGUUUAAGUGGAGAUAGCCUGACAGUAAAGACUGUUACAACUGCCGGUGAUGAGACCCACACGUAUCAACUAGGAGCUCCAACUGAUGACAACAUUCUCACAUGGGCAGCUGCCAAGGUUGUGUUCGAAGCCAAGGGAAACACAUUGAUAGAGACACAGAAAGGAGAUUUUGGAGAGGCAGUUGUGGAAGCAACAGCAACUGGGAAUACACUCACGGUGAAGCUAACUUCCAAGGGGGUCACAGCCACCAGGACAUACACUAAGGUAUAGGUGACCCCGACCUUGGGGUAAAUGUUCGAAACUGAUGCACGAUCACUUGGACAAUUAUGAAGAGUUGUUGUUGAUAGCCUUUGACAUUUUAAGAUAUUUUAUUGUUAAUAAAUGUAUUGGUAAAUUUAAGUAUUUAAAUAUAAUUUAAUUGCUAUACUUAGGACGACCUCAUUACCUUUUAGUGGAUGAUAUACUAUAAUAUCAUGCAGACACAUGACAUCUUCAUAAUAAGGCAUUACUUUUUGGAAAGGGACAUGAUAUAAUUUGUGUGAUAUAACUUGAUUGAAUUUCCUAACCUGUAACUAUUAAAGAUAAUCGUAGCCUAAUUUGAUAGACACAAAAUUACAUAACACCAAAUGCAGUUUGGAUCGUGUCAAAAUGUUGUUAAUUGUUUUCUUUUUUUAUUAAGUCCAUUAUAACAUUUAUAAGUCAGUCAAAAUUAAAUGAUAUAUCCAGAUAAAUAUCAGAAUAUACAUUGGAAGCAGAGAUGUUUUGUCGACAACCCAAUGUUUGAAGAAUCUUCAAUGAUUUUGCACGAGGCACACUUUUGGUGACAUUUUUGACAUGCCUUGUUCGGCCUUUUAAUGCAAUUGGAGCAUCUAAACAGGUUUUUCUUGACUCCAAGGCCAUUGAUCCCUUUGCAAAGUUUGCAAGUCCAUAGAAACUCUGGAAAUAAAUUCAUCAAAUAUAAACACGAAGUGGUAGUCUUAACUCAUAUUAACA